AGAUGGAUCAAUCCAACUUGACGAUCAUAUGGAUCAGUUCAAUCUCUUGAAUUUCUCUCUAUUUUUCGUACUAUUCCUUCUUUUUCUCAAGUUAUUCUUUAAACCCAGAAGAGUGGACUUACCUCCAUCACCACCAAAGCUACCAAUAAUUGGAAACCUUCAUCAAUUGGGCAGAUAUCCUCAUCGAUCUCUUCAAGAUCUCUCUAAAAAGUAUGGUUCUCUCAUGUUUCUACAACUGGGAUCCACUCCAACUCUUGUGGUUUCCUCAGCAGAUAUGGCCAGAGAGAUAUUCAAGAAUCAUGAUAUCACUUUCUCUAACAGACCCAAAUCAACAGCAGCCAAUUUGUUUUUCUAUGGAUACAAAGAUGUUGGCUUUUCUCCAUAUGGAGAAUACUGGAGAGGGUUAAAGAAGAUUUGCACUCUUGAACUUCUAAGUCAGAGAAGAGUACAAGGAUUUCAGUAUGUAAGGGAAGAAGAAGUUGAAAUCUUGGUGAGUAAGGUACAUAAAGCCACAUCUGAAGGUGUAUCUGUUAAUCUUAGUGAUUUGAUUACCUCAACCUCUAAUAACAUAAUUUCAAGAUGUAUAUUUGGAGAAAAGUUUGAGGAUGAAAAUGGAAAGAGUAGAUUUGGUGAGCUAACAAGAAAGAUGGCCAAGUUAGUUGUGGGUUUCAGCGUGGGAGAUUUCUUCCCUGCUUUUGGAUGGGUUGACAAUAUCACUGGCUUGAUUGGGAAACUGAAAGAAACUUCUGGUGCACUUGAUGCUUUUCUUGAACAGUUUAUUGCAGAGCACAAGACAAAGAAGAAAGAUGAUUUUCGAAGUGACAGAGAAGAUUUCGUCGACAUUCUUCUCCGAGUUCAACAGAGGGAUGAUCUUGGUAUUGAAUUUACUCAAGAAAGUCUAAAAUCAGUGUUAGAGGAUAUGUUCAUAGCUGGAACGGAUACAACUACAUCAGUAUUGGAAUGGACAAUUGCAGAGCUAGCAAGAAAUCCAACCAUGAUGAAGAAAGCACAAGAAGAAGUAAGAAAAGUAGUGGGGAAAAAGACAAAGAUAGAUGAGAAUGAUAUCCUUAAAAUGAAAUAUCUAGAAUGUGUUAUCAAAGAAUCACUAAGGGUUCAUCCACCAGCUCCUCUAUUGUUACCUAGAGAAACAUCUGAAAUGGUAAAGCUUGGAGGUUACUGUAUUCCAUCAAAAACCAGAGUGUUUUUCAAUGCUUGGGCGAUUCAAAGAGAUCCAAACAUCUGGGAAAAUCCAGAGCAGUUCAUCCCAGAGAGAUUUAUGAACAACCCAGUUGAUUUCAAAGGGCAAGAGUGUCAUUGCCUACCAUUUGGUGCUGGGAGAAGAAUUUGCCCAGGGAUGAAUUUUGCUUUUGCUUCAAUCGAAUAUGUGUUGGCUAACCUUUUACAGUGGUUUGAUUGGAAGUUGGCUGAUGAUAAUAUGGUGGCUAAAGACAUGGAUAUGUCUGAAGACAUGGGGAUUGCUCUCGUCAAGAAAAAUCCCCUUUUUCUUAAGCCAAUAACACCUUCAAUUUAAUCUACUAUUUGUUUGAUGUGUUACGUUAAUUGCUGUAAUUUGGUUUUUGGCUGUGUUUUAUUUUGUGGGUUUAGGCUAACGGCUGAAAAUGAUUGUAGAAGUUGUUCCUCAUUUAUAACUGAUCACUAUCUUUCUUUGUCACACAAAAUAAUAACAAAUCGUUGUAGUAUUACAAUACACUAUAUGAACUAUAUUAAACUUGGAUUCCUUCAAGGCUAA